AUGAAUAACGUGGCAGAUAAAGAUGUGGGCUAUGAUUUCUCGUUUGGGGUAUGGCAAUUCGAAGGAGAGGCAUGUAUCCCAAACGGAAUAAAGACAACAUCAGUGAUGCAAGUAUUUGGUAGUUCUUCUUUCUCCCUUUUACUCUUCUUCUCCAAUGUCAAAAUUUACAUUGAUGGCAUUCAAAGAUAUGAAGAGUCUGAUGAUGAAAAAACCAAUCAUUACUUCAAAUUUAGAGCCUAUAUGGAAUUGGGUGCCUCCCAUUACAUGGAGUCUCAUUAG